AUCCUCAUCCUCCUCAUCAUCCUCAUCAUCAUCAUGCCUUCCAUCAGUCCACAACCAAAUUCUUCUCAUCCAGCACAUCUGGCAUCAAAUUCAUCUCAUUCAACAUCCCAUGCAUCACCUUCAGAGGCUCCCCCCAUCGCGUCCUCCCCGGCACUGACCUCCCUCCCCUUCACCAUCAUCUCCACCACCGCCGUCUACACUAACACCACCCUCAACCCGGCCGCCGCCUUCUUCAACAACCUGCUGAACAAGAUCCCCCUGCCUCGAUGGCUGGUUUAUGCCAUCUUUGUGGCCGGCGGUCUGCUGAUUCUGCUCUGCUGUCUGUGUAUCUGCAUCAAGUGCUGCUGCAAAGGGAACAAGAAGAAGAAGCAGCAGAAGAAGGACGAGAAGAUCAAUCUGAACGGCGUGAAUGGAAAAACCACCUCAGCUUUGAUUCAGCCGGACGUGGCGGAUGUGGACUACGGCUCGGCUAAAAAGGAGCGAGGAAAGCUGCUCUACUCUCUGGAAUACAACGGCGCUCAGUCUGAGCUCACAGUGGGGAUCAAACAAGCCAGCAACCUGAAGGCCAUGGACCUGGGAGGAAGCUCGGACCCGUAUGCCAAAGUCUACAUCUGCCCCGACAAAUCCAGAACCUGCGAGACCAAAGUGUUCAGACACACGCUGAACCCCGUCUUCAACGAACAAUUCAACUUCCAUAUAUCCAAGUCGUCCCUCCUGGAUUCAACGGUGGUGAUGCAGGUCUUUGACUUCAACAGAUUCUCCAAACACAACAUCAUCGGCGAGCUCAGGGUGCAGCUCUGCAAUGUGGACUGGAACCACGUCAUCGAGGAGUGGCAGGACCUCGGCGAGCCCGCCAAGUUUGAGGACGAAAACCUGGGAGAGAUCUGCCUUUCACUCCGCUUUGUUCCCACCGCCGCCAAGCUGACCGUGGUGAUCCUGGAGGCCAAAAACCUGAAGAAGAUGGACAUCGGAGGAAGUUCAGAUCCGUACGUGAAGGUGCAGUUGGCCCUGGACAAGAGGAAGUGGAGGAAAAGGAAGACGUCUAUUAAAAAGAAGACCCUAAACCCUUAUUACAACGAGUCCUUCACCUUCGACGUGUCAUUUGAACAAAUCCAGAGGGUGAACCUGGUGAUCUCGGUGUGGGACCACGACGCCAUGACCCGAAACGACGCCAUGGGUAAGAUCUUCCUGGGCUGCGACGCGUCGGGGAACCAGCUCAGGCACUGGGCCGACAUGUUGUCCAACCCGCGGCGGCCGGUCGCUCAGUGGCACAACCUCCUGUCGGCCGAGCAGGUCAACUCCACCCUGAACCUGAAGAAGAGGAUACCCCUCGCCAGCAAACUGCCCUUCUGACGCUCCGGCACAGAAAACUCAGAUUUAAAUAUUGUUUAAAGAUAAUUAUUAAAGCUGAUUUAAAAUUAUAUUUUGGUAUUAAAUUUAGUCUAUAAAUCAUAUUUUAAUUCCAGACCUGAGCACUUUUUACGUUCUUCCUGUAUGAAUUUUCUGUAAUUUGUAUUAAAUAUGUUAUCUCAUGUAAUCUAAGCUCUUUUCCUGCACACAGAACUUUAUUUACAGUGUUUUUAAAAGUUAUUUCUUUUAUGUUACUGUGGAAGAUUUGAAAAUGUUUCACAUUGGCGCCCUCUGGUGGUUGGCUGAGGAAUGACACCAGCAAUGCAGACGUCAGUAAACUCCGUUGAUCUGAAGUUUCUGUUUAAUGUUUGUGUUAAAUAUAAUAUAUAUUUAAGAGUCACAAUUAAUUCUAAUUUAAAAAGUCUAUUUUGGCUUCUUUCCCAGGCUUUUCAGACAAAGUUCAUCAAAAUUAAAAAGUUAUUCCAAUUUGUUUCCUUCUGUCUGUAGAUUUUACAGUGAAGGUUAAAGGUUAAAGUUUCUGUAAUUGUGAGGAAAUCUUCAUUUAUACGGCAUUUUAAAAGGAAUUUAUACAGAAUAAAGUUUUCUUUUUUUUUAAAUUGCACAGAAAACCACCAUCAUAGUGUUCAUAUGGUAUUUUAAUGUUUGUUUUGAUGGUAAAAAUUUGUAUUUAUACGGUAAAAUAUGGAUUAAAUUGACCACCCUCAACGCCCAGAGGAAGAAUAUCAGAUCUCAACUGUGCAACCGAAGAUUUUUCACUUCUAGAUGUAACAUAAAAUUAUUUUUGUCCUGUUAUUUUUAAUAUUUUUUACCUUUCAGCCUCUAAACCUACAUUUUUAUGAUCAAAUGAAAUCACCACAAGUUUAUCUGUAAUUCCCACUAUUAAAC